CCCCCAGUCUCCUUUUCCUCAUCCAGAUAAUGUCAGUCGGACAACUAUCCUGUCUGCAGGAGCAAAAGGGAGGUUUUUCAGAGGGCUUUUUGAAAUAUCUUCAGGAUGAUAUUUCAAGCAAUUUUUGAUUGUAUGGACUUCACUGGUUGGCUUUUGUUUGCUUUUGUAUUGCUACUUUUGACGGAUGUGGUAAGAAACUGGAGGCCUCACAACUUUCCACCUGGACCCUGGGCUAUGCCUUUUCUAGGAAAUGUCUUCACUGGACUUGACUUCAGAACAAUGGAGAAGCUUGCUCAGGAGUACGGCCCUGUGUUUAGCUUGAGGAGAGGCAGCAAGAGAAUGGUGCUUAUUUCAGGACACAAAAUGGUCAAAGAGGCUCUUGUCAACCAGCUGGACAGCUUUGUUGAUCGACCUGUCGUUCCUAUCUUCCAUGUUGUCUUUAAGGGCCUUGGCAUAAGUUUGAGCAAUGGUUACCUGUGGAGAAAACAGAGGAAGUUUGCCAACACUCACCUGCGUUACUUUGGAGAACGCCAGAUGUCUUUGGAAAAAUAUAUUCAAGUGGAAAGCAGCUUUCUUUGUGAAGCAUUCAAAGAGGAGCAAGGACGACCAUUCAACCCCCACUACACCAUAACCAAUGCAGUGAGUAACAUCAUCUCCUCUGUGCUCUUCGGACAUCGCUUUGAAUACAGCGAUCAAAGCUUUCGCCGGAUUCUGGAGUUGGACAAUGAGGCCGUUGUGCUCACUGGCUCUCUUCAGACUCAGCUGUAUGAUGCCUUCCCUGGCUUGCUGAAGUACCUGCCAGGACCUCACCAGACUAUCCACGCCAACUACAAAGAGAUCUUGUUGUUCCUGCAAAAGGAAAUAGAGAAGCACCAGGAGGAGUGGAACUCUGAUGACCCUCGUGAUUAUAUCGAUGUAUAUCUGGCAGAGAUGGAGAAGAAAAAAGAGGAUCCUCAGGCUGGCUUUAACAUUGAAACCCUGCUGGUCAGCACCCUCGACCUGAUAGAGGCCGGGACAGAAACACUGGCCACCACUUUACGCUGGGCAGUCUUAUACAUGAUAAUCUACCCAGAGAUACAGAAAAAAGUCCAGGAAGAGAUAGACAGAGUGAUUGGACUGUCUCGCCAACCCACCAUGGCCGAUAGACCCAACCUGCCCUACACUGACGCUGUCAUCCAUGAGACUCAAAGGAUGGGAAACAUUGUUCCGUUGGGAUUCCCCAAAAUGGCCAGUAAAGACACUACACUGGGAGGAUACUUCAUACCCAAGGGCACAGUUAUUGCGACAAUACUAGCAUCUGUGCUGCUUGAUAAGAACGAGUGGGCGACUCCAGAUACCUUCAAUCCUGAGCAUUUUUUGGAUUCAGAGGGCAAGUUCCGCAGGAGAGACGCUUUCUUGCCAUUUUCAGCAGGUAAACGUGUGUGUUUAGGGGAGCACCUGGCCAGAAAGGAGCUGUUCCUUUUCUUUACAUCUCUCCUCCAACGCUUCACCUUCACUCCUGUUCCUGGAGAAAUGCCCAGCUCGGUGGGGGUGCUGGGCUUCACCUAUUCCCCAGAGGAGUUCAGGAUACUAGCCAUACCUCGCUGAUGCUCUCCACCUCUUCAGCUAUUCUCACCCCAACCAAAAAACAAAUAUCAAUGAGCUGGAUCACCACAUUCUUUUUGAGAGCACAAAAUGAAAGAUCCUGGAAGUUAGAAAUUUGCAGAAAAUAUUUAAGCCCAUUACCUUUAGUGAAGCAAUAACAUAAUGAGUGCAUAGCCAACCUGCAAUAUUUGGCAUAAUACAGUAUAUGAACAUUUUACCCUCAAAUGUAAUUGUAAAUGAUUACUAUGUCUGUCAAAUUCACAAUGACAUUUACAAGUAUUAAGUGAAAGGCACCUGGAAUUGUCUUCUUUUUCAAGAAGAAAAAAGCAUGUCCAUUUUCCCUCUGUUUGUUUCUUACAGGUAAUUAAAGCCCUUUUAUCCAUGGUCCAGGUACAGCAAUGUUGCCCAUUAUUUUGCCUGUGUAAACCUCUUCUUAAGACUGUGUUGAUGUGUACAAUCAAAACCGAUUAACAUUUUAACCAAACCUCCCUUUUAGUUUUGUUGAGCUGAGUAGUAAACCUGCCUUAAACUUUUAUCAUUAUUACAUGGAGUUUGUUGACUUCUAUGAAAAACUGAAACUGAAAACAGAGCUCACUACACAUGUUCAUUUACUAAAACUAAACUUAAAAAAAAAUCGACUGUUCUGCAAUAAACGUGUACUGAUCCAGUAUCUAUCACUGGUCUGACAAGAUUUUAUUUACAGUUUCUCAGAUACUUUAAUGACAUAGUCAUUAAGAUAUAACAUCCAUAAACUUGAUACUGACUUGAUCAUUUAUCAGUAUUGAGCCACAGGAGUUCAUGAUAUAUCAUCAGCUAAUAUAUCCAUUACAUAAGAUGUGUUUGCAUUAGCUCCACCUUAGUUAAGCAUGAUUUCUGUUUACUAGAGGUUUUGCCCUUAUUUGGAUAAAACUGCACUUUGUUGGACUUAUAUGACGUAAAGGUUCACGAGCUGUUUGUCCGUCAGAGUGAACGAUAACACCUGAUGAUGGAUAUGCAUGUUGCUAAGCUUCCACUUUCAACCACUCCAAUAUAAGCAUGUCCAAAACUCUAUUGUAAAUCUCCUACUAAAUAAUAAGUAAUACUGAUUACAAAAACACUCUGAAAUAUUUGUUGCCUAUAGCCUCAGUUUCAU